AUGAGUGUUAAAUUUCAUAACGAAUUAUGUUCAUUUGCCAGUGUAUUCAAAGAUUUGGUAGCAGAAUUAAAUGAAACGGACGAUGAUAUCGCAUGUACAAGUGAGGAGUCAAAUGAAGAAGAUGGAAUAUUAAUGAUAAUAAAUCAGAGAAACACACCAUUAUCUGAAUCCACUCACAACUACACAUCUGAUAAUCGUUAUUAUUAUGAAUCAAAUAUUAAAGGAGACAAAUAUAAAAUUCCUCAUGGAGCUUCAACAUUUAACUAUAACAACAGUAAUAAAAUAAACAAUAAUUACAGCGGAAAUCAUUUUUUAAAUUUUCCCUCUAACAUUUAUAAAUCUAAUUGCAAUUCUUGGCAAACUUAUGCGACUUAUAAUGAUCGAUUUAAUAUUUAUGAUGAAAUCAAAAACUUUAAUCAUUGUAUAGGCCCAAAUUAUUAUAACGAAAAUACUCAAAUAAAUAAUUACGAUGGAUAUUACAAUGCUGAAAAGGAAAGUCUGAGUGCCGAAAAUGUGUUAUACAACCCAAAUUCUUCUUACGAUUUUAUAAAUUGUUACAAAGGUAUAUGCAAUGGUCAAGAAACGAUUGACCCUCUAACAUCAAACAAUGAAAUAUACAAUCAAACAUCAUUAAAAACAGAUAACUGCAAGCAUUAUGAAGAGGAAACAAUAAAAUAUCAGGAUGCUAAAAAUGAUGGAGAAAACAGCGAAUACUCAUCCAAUAUUCCAGAUGAACUUUCGAAAGAACUCAUUGGUGAGAACUUUGAUAACCAUAGACAAAUUGUUAAUAAUAAUACAAACAAUUUAUCAACUGCAAAUGCCCAUUGUAACAUAAGUAGCGACAUUAUAUCUAUGUUACCAGUAACUUCGACAGAUUCAAAAGCAAAAUUUAAAUUAACAUCAUCCAUAAACUGCGGUAAUAUAGUUCAAAUAAAUCAUACAAAGCAUGUUGAACAAACUAAACUUACAUCUUACAUCAAGGACUAUAGGGAAUAUAAUAAGGAACAUAGCGAAUAUAUUAAAAAUAUAGAUACCACAAAUAAAAUAUUUAUGGCGGAAUCUACUUUGAGCUCGGAUUCGACAAAAUCUACUUCACAGAGUAUGCUAAGUCAUACCUCCAACAACUGCUUUGGCGCAAAUGCUAAGAUCAAACGUCAUAGAACCCGCUUUACACCUGCGCAGUUAAAUGAACUGGAAAGAAAUUUUAAUAAAACUCAUUAUCCAGAUAUUUUUAUGAGGGAAGAAAUAGCGCUUAGGGUUGGACUUACGGAAUCCAGGGUUCAAGUAUGGUUUCAGAAUAGAAGAGCUAAAUGGAAGAAACGGAAAAAAUACCAAGCUAAUAAAUCAAUAAUUAACCAAAAUAACCAACCUCAUAGCAAUGUCAACAAAGACACGACCAAUCCAUCAUUUUCAUCUGAAAACAAAGAUCAAAAUUUUAACUUAAACAUUUUGUCUCCCGUACAAUCAUUAUGCGUACUAUCCUCCUUAGCUAUUCCUAGGGGAAUCAACGAAAGUGAAAACCAUGAUUGUUCUAAUAACCCAGUCGUUUGUCAAGUCAUUCAAUCUAAUUCAUCGGAAUAUUUAUUGCCGAAUAAGAACAUCGAAACAUCCUCAGAUAAUAACUAUAGACUCCCCACCAGCAGUGCCAACUACAACACAACAAAUCACCAUCAUAAGGGUUCAAAUAAUAAAAAAAUAAAAAAUAGUGAUACAUUAGCACCUUUUUCGUAUACUAAAGAUUAUGGUAGUGGUUAUGAUAAUCUAUCCAGCAAAUGUUUAAAAAAUUUAAUGAUCAAGGAAACGAACAGAAAAAUUAAUAAUAUCAAUUUUUCGAAUGCAAAUGAUUGGUCCACAAAUAACAGCCCUAAUUAUAACGAUCAAUAUUCGAUCAAUAAAUUUUCAACCAUAAACAAAGUGCAUAUUUAUAACUACAAUAAUAUCAUCAUGGGUAAUAAUGAUAACCUACCGAAAGAUUAUGAUGAACGUGAUAAAGAAUCUUUGUUGUAUCAUAAUUUCCCUUUGUAUACCUCACUCACCGGGACGUUUAACGAACAUUCGUUUCCCUCAUUACAGGAUAAAGAUUCAUUAAUGUAUUCCGACAUCAUUGACUCAAAUGCUUUAAUACCUAAUAAUACCAAAAAAAAUAAUAUGGUUUCGAGCCAUUCGACGGAUAGAUUAGGUAAUUCCGAUUUUUUAAAUCAUUUAUCGACCGAAAAUCAUACCUUCAAUCAAAUUACAUCUUUACCUUACAAUAGCUCCAAGUAUUAUCCUAAUAACUUUUAUGGAUGUUUUGACCCCACUACCCGGAUUUAUAACAAUUGUCCGUCAUUUAAUUUUGAUAAAUACCCUAAUAAUAACAAGAUAACAGGAGAAACGUACUCGAAAGAUUAUUUAAAUAUUUCGUGUCCAACUCAUUAUGGUCAAAAUUACCCAAGUGGCAAAAUGGACGAUAUGUCUAGUCAGGUGGACCCUUAUUUUUAUUACAAUCAGUUUUCUACAUACCAUCCUAAUUUUAUCCCUAACAACUAUAACAACUUUGACUCUCAAUACUUUGCACCAUUGCCUAAAUAUUACCCAUUGAUUUACACAAUAACCACCGAUAAUGCAGCAAAUAUGAUUAAGUUAAUUAAGCUAUUAAUACUACACGAUGAAGAAGAUGAUGAAGAUGAUGACCUUAACGAUUAUUUAAUUAAUGAUGAUUUAAAUAAUAAUGAUAUAGAUAAUGACGAUUUAAAUAAUAAUGAUAUAAUUCAUGAUGAAAAUAAAGAACUUUUUAAUAUUGAAAAUAUUAAUCUUGCACCAAAUGCCAGAUCCAUAUUAAUAGAUUGUUGCACAAGAUGGAACUCUAUCUAUUUAAUGUUGGAGAGAUUACUAGAGUUAAAAAGCUUUUGCCAAGAAAUAUCGCUCCAAAGCGAUCGCGAAAAAUGUUUAUCAGAGAAUGAAUGGAAAAUAAUUAGUGACAUAUUAAAAGCUUUAUAUCCAGCUUAUGUUUUGACAAAAUAUUUACAAAGUGAACAAUUGACAAUGGGCGAUUUUUAUGCUGCGUGGAUCAAAUGUCUCAUGCAAACGAUAUUAACGAAAGAUUUAUUAUCUUUUGUUCGUAAUUCUCCCAAACGCAAGAAAAUAUUUCGUUCCAUCCAAGAUGAAAAUGAUAGUUCAGCCUCUUUAAAGCCAUUAUGCCCUACAUCCUGGUGA